AUGGGAUUUAUUAGUCGUUAUGGAAAUGAUAAUAAUAUGACUAGUCCAAUGGAUCGUCUUUAUGGUGGAAUUAGUGAACAAAUAAAUAUUUCAUCAAAUGAAUUAAGACAAAUGUCAGUAAAAAGAAUUAGAGAAAAUUCAGAUUAUUAUGUUACAAUGUUAUCGGCUGUUUAUAUGCUUGCAGAAUAUGAAAAUAAAGGUUUACUUUAUAUUGGUAGAUCAAAUAAUAAGAAUAAGAAAAAUGAAGAAAUUAUCGAAGAACAUCACAAUAAAGCUCUUUCAAAAUCUGAUAACAAAAAACUAAUCUGUGCUAUAGAAAAAUUUAUUGAUUCAUUCGAUGUCGAUCAGAUUGAUGUAGCGAAACAAGUAGUAACUUCACAUAGAUAUAAUAUUGAUGGUAAAUUCAAUAUACGACCUCCUUUUGGUACUGAAAAUCGAAAUAAAUUCUUAGAUAGUUUAGAUAAUAAAGAAUUAGAGAUUGUAGCUCCUGACAGAGGCGUGAAAUUGGGACGUGGAAAUCCACGUGGUAUAUUAAGACUUGAUUGUCAAGGUAUGGUUGGUGAUAGACCAUCAAUGAAUCUUCAAAUUCAAUAUAGACGUGAUAACGGAGGCAGAAGUGGAUCGUAUAAGAAUGCUAUUCUUCCAGGUAAUCAUUAUCUUGGUCUUCGUAUUAUUAUAAAUAAUACAUUAAAUUGUUAUUUACCAGCAAAUCAAUAUAUUAAUUUUAGAUCGUCUGUUUUCUCUAUAUAA